AUGUCAGACGUUAAGGGGUACAUUGUUACAUUAAAAGAAGAUUGUCCAGAUAAGACGGCAGAAUCGAUAAAGAACCAGAUUAAGGAAUCUGGUGGCAAAAUUACCAAUGAGUUUAGCUUGAUUAAAGGGUUUGCUGUUGAAUUACCAUCUGUUCAUGCUGAUGCAUUGGGAAAGAAACAUCCCGAAAUUGCAAAUGUUGAAGAGGAUAAGGAAGUUCAUAUCCAAUAA